CUAAACUAAUAUGCAUACAGCCGGACUGCAUAAAUUAAAGUGAAGAGAUUCAGAUAAUCUUUUUUUUCUUCCCAACUAAACUAUAUAUAUGUAUGUCCAUCCUCUGGCCUUUCCCUACACUCACAAAUAAUUGAUAACAUAUCCCACUUGAAUCCUAAACAAUGAGAUUUGGGGCCUUGGCAAUUUCUUCUUUGUUCUUGUCCCAUGUGCUCCUUUGCAGUUGCCUAAGCACCAGCCGCAAAGGUGGCGGUGGAGUCGGUGAUAUUAUAAGCAAAGCAAUGUUUAAAAAGAUGCUUCCACAUGCAAACACGGCUGAUUGUAAAGCCAACGGUUUCUACACUUAUGAGGCUUUCAUAGCUGCAGCAAAGUCUUAUCCAGCUUUCGCUAGAACCGGCAGCGAUGAGAUUCGGAAAAGGGAAGUUGCUGCUUUCUUAGGCCAAACUUCCUUCCAAACUGCUGGUGCACCUGAGGAUCCACCCGCUGAUCCAUCAUAUUUUUGGGGAUAUUGCUAUAAUAAGGAAGUAAACCCCCCUACAGAUUAUUGUGAGCAAAACCGCAGGUACCCGUGCGCUGCUGGUCGAAAUUACUGUGGUCGGGGUCCCAUGCAACUUUCUGGGAACGUUAACUACGGGAAAUUUGGAGAAACCAUAGGGCGAAAGAAGGAUCUUUUACAAAACCCUGACCUGCUAACAAAAAACGUAACAAUGGCUUUCGAGGCUGCUUUCUGGUUCUGGAUGACUCCACAACCGCCAAAGCCUUCUUGCCAUGAUGUGAUCGUUGGAAAAUGGAAUGGUGACGGAGAUGGCUAUCCACCGGGAUACGGUGAGAUCACAAAUAUUAUCGACCACGGUGAAUGCGGUAUUGGUGCGGACAUAAGAGUGAGGGAUCGCGUUGGAUACUAUCAAAGAUACUGUGACAUGCUUGGAGUUGGCCCUGGUGACAAUCUUUACUGCUACGGCCCCUUCUAGCCCUACAGGAACGUGGUCUUGGUGGACUAAAUGUAACGACUUUACGUGUCAAAAUGUGGGCAUUGUAAAAUAGUGCAAGUGCUUUAGAAUAGUAUAAUAGUGCUGUAUGUUUAAUUAUGCCAUCUUUCUUGGGUGGUACUGAAAGCAAAAUAAUUUGACAGCUAUACACCAGUAAUGGUUUAGCUGUCAAAUAUGAGCAAAUUCCGCUAUAUUCGACGUCAGCCUAAGCAACAAUAUUAUCGUAUUUUAAAGUU